UGUGGGAAAGGAAACAGCCGAAGGACAGCACAGGGGCAGGUUUCAGACCUGAGGAAGCAGAGAGCGAACAGCAGCACCCUGAGCUCACAGCCAGUGGGCAGAGCCAGCCAGUCACCUCCCUGCAGCCGCAGGUCUGUGCAGAGCUGCCAGAGAUGCAGCGUCAGAGGCAGCUCCCUCUGAUGCCAGCAGAGACCAGCAGGAUUUGAGCUGCCACUCCACUGACUUGGGACCAGGUGUCACUCAGGGGAAAGGUGCAAGAGCCAGAAAAGACGUUUGAGGAGGCUUUGAGUGCAUUGUCUGCUGGACCGGAAAGAUAAUGGAGAGCACGGGAGGGCCGUAUCUGAACACAGCUGCGGUGACUUCCCCUGUAGGAAUAGCUCGAUUGCUGCAGAUGACCUUCGGAUGUACCACAUUCAGCCUGGUUGCCCACCAAGGGGGCUUCAGUGCCGCGUAUGGCACCUUCUGCAUGUUUGUCUGGACCUUCUGCUUUGCCAUCACUGUGUUCAUCAUUGCCUGUGAGUUCACACACCUGCACAGCUGCCUGAGCCUCUCCUGGGGAAACUUCACCGCUGCUUUUGCCAUGCUUGCCACACUCAUGUCCAUCACGGCUGCAGUGAUCUACCCACUCUACUUUGUCCAGGUGGGCUGUUACCCCAUCGGCUGUGAGGUGAGGGAUUUCCGUAUCGCAGCCAGUGUCUUUGCGGGCCUUCUGUUUGUCGCCUACGCCACUGAGGUGUUCUUAACCAGGGCAAAGCCGGGACAAGUCACCAGCUACAUGGCCACUAUCUCUGGACUCUUGAAAAUCGUUCAGGCCUUUGUGGCCUGCAUCAUCUUUGGGGCACUAGUGAACGACAGCCAAUAUGGUAAAUACGUGGCGACGCAGUGGUGUGUGGCUGUCUACAGCUUUUGCUUUGUGGUGACAGUGGUGGUAGUGGCCUUCAGCGUCACAGGUAAGACUGCCUUGCUGUGGUUCCCUUUUGAGCGUUCUGUGGUCAUCUACACCUUUGGGGCUGUGCUGCUCUACGCGAGUGCUGCGGUCAUCUGGCCAGUGUUCUGCUUUGACAGCAAGUACGGCUCCCCACAACGCCCUGGCCUCUGUGCCAAGGGAAAGUGCCCCUGGGACAGCCAGCUGGUGAUUGCCAUCUUCACCUAUGUCAACCUGCUGUUCUAUGUCUUGGACCUGGCGUACUCCCAGCGCAUCCGCUUUGUCUCACACCUCUGAAUUGUGGGUUGGCCUCCGUGGAGACAUCUCAGUGCUGUGAACCACUGCAGGUGCAGAGGGAUGGGGCGAGGGGCAGAGAGGUGCUGGGCAGGCACACACACAACACCAUCAGCCAAACUUUGAGGUGAGGACUGACUACACUAACAAGUUAAUGACCUGGAGCGGGUGGGCUGCAGCUGGUGCAAAGCAUAGCCCAACUCCCCCAUGGCUCUGCCUCGCCUGCCUGGUGCCAGUGCAAAGGAAUUACACAGCUCCAUGUGCAUCUGCAGGCAGCAGGAAUGCUUGUAGCCACAGCAGCGGGGCUGCAGGCUGCCAGGUUACUGAGCCAAAUAUUAGGAAAGACACCAAGGAUUUUGAAACUGUUAACCAGUAACCAAGUGACAACUCAAGAAGUGGAAAAGUUAAAAGCUGCAUGAAGGAACACCAGGAGAUGAAAAUCAAUCCCUCGGAGUUUGGGUUAGUUUGGACUGUGUUGUGAGAUGUGGAAUGCCUGAAAGUGUGGGCAGUUCCAGUCUGGGUGUUUCUGAGAAGAACAUCAUAGCCAUAACAGUAUUUUGAAGGUUGCCAGUUUUUUCCCUUCCUCUCCUUUGCUGUCUAGCACAGAAAAGGAAUAUCCUCAAGUACACACCUUGGAGGAGGCCUAUUUAAUUUAAUAUUCCUAUUUAGCAAACACUGAUUAACUACAGAAAUGAAACUUUGUGAAGUCAGGGCUCUACUGCUGAAAACCAGG